UUUGGGGGCACGACCUGCCCUGGCCCGGGCUGCUGCUGGGGCUGGCCGUGAUCGCUGCCUGGUACUGGUGCACUGACCAGGUGAUCGUGCAGCGGUGCCUGGCCGGGCGCUCGCUGACCCACGUCCGGGCCGGCUGCGUCCUCUGCGGCUACCUCAAGGUGCUGCCCAUGUUCCUCAUGGUGCUGCCCGGCAUGGCCGCCCGCGUCCUCUUCCCUGGGGUGGUGGGCUGUGCGGACCCCCAGGGCUGCCGCCGGGCCUGCGGGACCCCCGCCGGCUGCUCCAACGUCGCCUACCCCCGCCUGGUCGCCCGGCUGCUGCCCCCCGGGCUGCGGGGGCUGCUGCUGGCGGUGCUGCUGGCCGCCCUCAUGUCCUCGCUGGCCUCCAUCUUCGCCAGCGCCUCGGCCCUCUUCACCCUCGACGUCUACCGCCGCCUCCGGCCCCGCGCCCGCCCCCCCGAGCUGCUGCUGGCCGGCAGGCUGUGGGUGGCGACGCUGGUGGGGCUGAGCCUGGCCUGGCUGCCGCUGGUGCGGGGGGGGGCGCAGGGCGGCCGCCUCUUCGACUACAUGCAGGCCGUCGCCAGCUACCUGGCCCCCCCCGUCGCCGCCGUCUUCUUCCUCGCCGUCUUCGUCCCCCGCGUCAACGAGCCCGGUGCCUUCUGGGGCCUGCUGGGGGGGCUGGUGCUGGGCCUGGCCCGGAUGGUGCCCGAAUUCGCCCUGGGCCCCGGCUCGUGCGGGGCCCCCGGCCGCUGCCCCCCCCUCGUCUGCGGCCUCCAUUACCUGCACUUCGCCAUCGGCCUCUUCCUCGCCACCGGCCUCCUCGUCGUCGCCGUCUCCCUCUGCUACCCGCCCAUCCCCCGGCGCCACCUGCACCGCCUGGUGUUCAGCCUCCGCCACAGCCGGGAGCCGCGAGUCGACCUCGACCAGGAGCCGCCGCCCAAGGAGGCACCCGGCGCCCUCCAGCUCCAGGACGUGGAGGCGGAGCUGCCGCCCGCCGAGGCCCCGCCCCCUGCCGAGGCCCCGCCCCCUGCCGAGGCCCCGCCCCCCGUCGAGGCCCCGCCCCCCGACGAGGCCCCGGCCUGGCGCCGCCUCGUCGACCUCAACGCCGUGGCCAUGAUGGCGGCCGCCGUCUUCCUCUGGGCCUAUUUCGCCUGAUCUCGCCCCAAAAAAAGAGCCACGCGCACCCGA